CAGUUUGAAUGCGCGGCAUUGUUUAAACGGGACUUAAUCGUUGUUUAUACGAGCUUAUAGUGUUGAGCAACGCUUUUAGAGUGACAAGCGCUUUUCCUUUUUCGUUUUUGGUAGAUUUUAUUCCGGUGAAUUUCGUAGGCUACAAUGAUGUCUGCAGAUAACCAGACUGAUGCAACGAGAUUUCUGCUACCGGAAGGUGGUGAUGCUGCCGCCAAGACGACGGAAAUUAGUGAGCUCGCAUCCGAUGCAGCUACUGCUCCAACUACAUCCACUGCUUCCGAUCAGGGCGGUGAGAAUGCCUUCAAGAUGCCAAUGCCGCCAGGCAAUGCUGCCAAGAAUAAACAACCCAACUACUUCCUCAAGGACGCGGUGCCUGGUCACAAGAGCAGCGUCGCAUCGCUCAAGUUCAGCGCGGAUGGCGACUAUUUGGUGAGCGCAUCCGCAGACUGCUUGCUCAAGUUGUGGGAUGUGCGCACGCUCCAAAGCAAUCAGACGCUGGCAGGGCACGCGAAGGGCAUCAACCAUGUGGUGUGCUCGCCGAAUGGCAAGCUCCUUGGCAGUGGCAGCGACGACAAAACGGUGAAGCUGUGGGACCCGAAUACUAAUAGUUGCGUAAAGACCUUGCAGGGACAUACAAACUAUGUGUUCUGCUGCUGCUUCAAUCCGCAGAGCAAUCUCAUUGCGACUGCCAGUUUCGACGGUUCGGUGCACCUGUGGGACCUCCGAACGGGCAGGAUCCUCAAGGGAUUGCGGGCUCAUGGCGAUCCCACCACAUCUGUGGACUUUAAUCGCAACGGCAGCCACUUCAUAACGAGCAGCCACGACGGAUUCGUGCGAAUGUGGGAAACGGCCACCUUUCAUCUCGUGAAGACGUUGAUAACCGACGACGACAACCCCGUGGUGGGCCAUGCAAAGUUCUCGCCCAAUGGCAAAUACAUACUCACCUCCAACUUUGACAGCACCCACAAAUUGUGGAAUUACGAAAAGUCCAAGGUACUGCGCCGAUAUACAGGACACAAGAACGAGUCCUACUGCCUGAAUGCCAACUUCUCCAUUACGGCCGGGAUGUGGAUUGUGUCGGGCAGUGAGGACAAAUCGCUGUGCAUCUGGAACCUGCAGUCGAGUGAGCUGGUCCAGAAGAUUGACACCAACGGCGACUUGGUUAUCUGCACCGACUGUCAUCCGAAGGAGAACAUCAUUGCCACUGGUUCGCUUGUGAAGCCCUUCACCGUCAAAGCAUGGAAGAGCUGUGAAUAAGCGCCUCUAAGCGCCUGGCCUGCAACGAGCUGAGUUCCUUAAACCAGCAAAAAUCAAGCAAAUAAACCGAUUUAAAUUGU